AUGAACAUAUUGCAUGAAAAGUAUAAGCGAUUAAAUGCAUUAUACAAGCAAUAUGAACCAUCUAUUGACGAUUUACAAGACGCACUUGUUGAACAAUUGCCACAGCUUAAGGAAGAGUUCAACUUGGAUUUUAUCCAAGUCGAGCGUUUGAGGAAUUACAUGGAGGACAGAGGAACUCUUUUCCGCUUUUUCCGUCGUUCUUCCUAUGACCUUGAUGUCGCUCUUUCCUAUCUUCUCGAAAACAUUCGCUGGCGUAUUGCCAACAACAUAGACACUCUUUCUCUAUCCGACAUUCAUCCGCAAUACUUGGAAUCAGGGCUUUUCUACUUCCACUCCGGAGACAUCUGGAAUCGUCCGUGUGCUAUAUUCAAUCUUCGAAUGUACAACCGUGAUCCAGGGUCACCCACUAUAGAAGACAUGAAGAAGUACAUCAUAUUCAAUUGCGAGAUUGCGAGAAGAUGCAUGUGGGAUUUAUGUAAAGAAGCAUUGAGAGAGGGAAAAGAGCCCAUAUUGCAAUAUGGUGUGCUUGUCGAUCUGAACGAGGCCACCUUUUCGAAUUUGGUCGAUGUUGGAAACAGAAAUCACAGUUUAAAUGUUGACUUUGAACUCGGUCCAUUCAUGAUGGAUUUGGCAAAAAACCAAUACCCCAGUUCAAUUUCUGCAAUUUUUGUGUUAAAUUAUGGUUGGACGUAUGCGACCAUGUGGCGACUGGUAAAACGUCUACUUCCGGAAGAGUCCCUUAGUCGGAUCUUCUUCCCCACGCAAGAGGAACUGCUUGAGUAUUUUGACGAAGAUAAAAUUCGUGUUGAACACGGUGGCAAAGACACGACUGAAUAUUCUUUGUCGACUAACGCAGUCUUUAAUAAAUACGGCAAUCCACCACCAAUCCUUUCGUUCCCAGUUCCAUAUCCUCGUUCCAUAUCUCGUGUCUCAUCAUUUGAUUCUCUUCACGAAGUUUUCUUCUCGGCGCGUGCGACUCCGAUACCAUCCCGUUCGGUUACACCAUAUUGCAGUCGACCAGGAAGUCCGUUUCAUAAUCAGCCGAGUACACCAUAUGUCAGCCGGCCGGCAUCGCCGGGUGUCGAGCAUGUUGGGAUUCCAUCAUGGUUGAAAAUGACACCUUCGGACGCUGGCAGAGGAGGACAUGCAUUUCAUGCAGGAUUGCAUAUGCCACAACCGCAGAGAAGUGAUACGGGAUUAAAGAACUUUACUGGGAAACAUAAUGGACUUGCUGCAUAUGGGAAUGGUAGUCACCACCAACAAUCUGAAGGACAACACACACCUGGACACAAUUCACAUUCAAGUAAUUUUACUCACAUAUCAACAUCAACGCCAAUAAACCUUCAUACAUCACCAUCAUAUACCUAUCUACAAGAACUCUAUUCGUCACCUUCCCCCAAUGCUGUCACCACAACGUCUUCAGACUCGUCACCACCACUUAUGUCCAUCUCUUCGAAGUACCCCGAAACCUUCCUAUCCAAACACAGCCUCUACCGCUUACUUCGCGUACAGCGUAAGGUAAAGCUGCACAUCUCUAAUAUGAUUCGGAGAUUCAUAGCGAGGAGAGUAAGCGGUGUUUUCUGGUUAUUUAUGGUAGUAGUUCUAAGAGGAGGAUUGAUUAAUGAGUUUUGCAAGUUGUUAACGCAGCAGGUUACCAUGCAGCUGGGGUGGAACACAAAUACAACGACAGCAUUAACGACAGCCGCGUUGAGUGUUGCAUUGAGUGGAAGGGAUACAACAGGGAGCAGGAUCAGAGUUUGA